CUCUCCGCCUUGCGGGACUUCCUAUGCACCCUGGACCCUCGCUGCAAGGUGUGGGCUUACCUGGACGACGCCUACCUGACGGUGCCGAAGGCCCACCUGCACCAGGCGCUGAAAAAGGCAAGCGCUCUCUUUGCCGACUUGGGCCUCGAGCUGAACACGAGCAUGACGAAGGUCUGGUGCCCAGACGGCCAGGUCGCCGCGAUGCCCGACGGGGCAGAGGCAUGGGUCGUGGACGCGCUGCCCUGCCUGGGCAGCACCGUGACUUUCGUCAGGGCCAGGCACGACGCGGACGACGAGGAGUGGAGGGAUACGCUCGCAGAGGUGUUUGACGAGACCUCCCCGGCCACCUCGGCCGCGCGGCUCGCCGACUACGGGGGGGCGCUCGCAAAGCUGGAGGCGGCGGGGCUCGAGAAGCAGCACUGCUUCACCCUCCUCCGCACCUACGUGAACGGCGCGGUGACGCACCUGCAGCGCGCCCGCUUUGCGUCGCGGGGGGCCUGGCGCUCUUUCGACGACGCGGUGGUGGCGCAGGUCGAGCACCUGGUCGGCCCGGGCCUCGCCGAGGACGGCCGCGCGGCUCUCUUCCUACCCGCCAAGGCAGGGGGGGCCGGCUUCGGUUCCGCAGAGCGCCGCGCCGACGCGGCCUGGCUGGGCUCCUGGCACGCAGUGCAGGACGGAGUGCGGGCGCGACAAGAGGAGCCGAGCCUGGCGGAGGCAGAAGCCGCAACGCCGAAGCUGACAACCGCUGUGGCGGAGGCGAAGGCUCGCCUCCGGGCGCGGGGGGCACUGGUCCCGCUGGACCCGCGGCGCCAGGUCAAGCAACGCGUCUACACGAAGCUGCUGGCGGCCCGCGCGCACGCCGAGCUCCAGGCGCGCCUCUCCGAGCCAGCGGCGGCGCUCCUCCUGUCCCAGGGUGGGACCGGCGCAGCGGUGUUGCAGCCGCCGAGCUUGCCGCAGCACCUCCUGGGUGACGACGAGUUCGCGGUCACGUUGCGGCGGCGCCUGCUGUACCUCGACCCAGCGGGCCAGGGCGGCGCCCCGUGCCAGAACACGGCCGCGUCCACGGGCACGCUGGGCGAUUGGCUGGCGGAGCGCCAUGGCACCCAGCCCGCGACGAUCGAGCAGCGCAUCUCGGCCUGGGACGCAGUGACCGCGGGGGGCACCCAAGCAGCCGUCCUCGACGUGGUCCUGGCGUACCCAAGCGAGCGCGCGUGCAUCGACACGAGCGCGACUGAGGCCAUCGCCGCCGAGGGCGCGACCGCACGCCGGCGCGCCCGCGUCGCCGGCGCAGCGGCCCGGGAGCGGGAACCGGAGAAGCACUCCCGCUAG